AUGAACCCUAAUUAUAGCCAUCUUGAUCCUAUUGCUGUAGUAGCCCUAGUAGUGAUCGCAAUCCUUGCAGUCUUUAGCACCAAAGCUUCUUCUAUGUUUAACAAAAUCGCAACAAUCGUGCACUUAUUCGUCAUUGCAUUCAUCAUUAUCGUUGGCCUAAUCAAUGCCAACCCGGAAAACUACGCUUCAUUUGCUCCAUUUGGUACGCGAGGUGUUUUCAAAGCUUCAGCUGUUCUUUUCUUUGCUUACAUAGGCUUUGAUGCAGUAUCAACUAUGGCUGAGGAAACUAAGAACCCUGGAAGAGACAUUCCUAUUGGUCUUGUUGGCUCAAUGGUGAUUAUCACUAUUAUAUAUUGCUUACUUGCAUCAACACUUUGUCUUAUGCAGAACUACAAAACUAUCGAUAUCAACGCGCCUUUUUCGGUUGCAUUUAGUUCUAUUGGAUGGGGAUGGGCUAAGUACAUUGUUGCAUUCGGAGCCUUGAAGGGAAUGACAACUGUGUUAUUGGUUAAUGUCGUAGCUGCAAUGGUUAUAGCUACUUCUGUUGUUGCAUUUUUCACAAAUCUUCGUAUUCUUUCAAACCUAUUAUCGAUUUCAACUCUUUCUAUUUUCGUUCUUGUGGCGAUUGGGAUUCUAGUGCGUCGUUAUUAUUCAAGUGGAGUAACUACAAAAGAGAACCAAGUUAAGCUUAUUGUGUUUGUUGUUUUGAUUAUUGGAUCUUCAUGUGGCAUGUCUGUUUAUAGAGCAAUGAGUGAUGGUUGGAUUGGAUGGGCUAUUACAGCACCAUUUUGGUUUAUAGGAACCGGAGGUAUUUUCUUUAUGGUUCCAAAAGCAAAGAAACCUAAAGUUUGGGGAGUACCUUUAGUUCCAUGGUUACCUUCUUUGUCUAUUGCUAUUAAUAUAUUCCUUCUUGGAUCUAUAGAUAAAGAUUCAUACAUAAGGUUUGGGAUAUGGACAGGGAUUUUGUUGAUUUUACUAUUUUCUUAUUGGACUACAUGCUUCUUAUGA